AUGAAUAUGUCGCUGGGGAAACAACCUACGGACCACAUCAAGAGGCCCAUGAACGCUUUCAUGGUCUGGUCCAGGGGUCAGAGGCGGAAAAUGGCACAAGAUAACCCGAAAAUGCAUAAUUCUGAAAUUUCUAAGCGGCUGGGUGCUGAGUGGAAGUUGCUUUCUGAAAUGGAAAAACGGCCUUUUAUCGACGAAGCGAAACGAUUAAGAGCCCUGCACAUGAAAGAACACCCAGAUUACAAAUACAGACCCCGCCGGAAACCAAAGGCUCUUGUGAAGAAAGAACCCAAAUUCGGUUUCAAUAUCUCCGGUCUAAUGGCACCAGUCCCUCGUCUGGUCACUCCGCUCCCACAGCCAGUACCACAAUUGCCCGUUCCACAUCACUUUGACAAGCCGGACCUUGGAAGACUGUUCCCACCACUGCCUUAUCCGUUUUAUCCCUUUGCGAAGUUACCGGAUGACGGGAAAUUGGCUGCAGAACUCGCACACUUACAGGCCCUUUACGGCGGUGCGUUAUACAGCAGUGCACUUUACAAUAGUGCAUUAUCGCCUUGCGGAUGUCCGCCACGAAGGACGCCGUCACCACCACCCGAUGUGAAGCGUCCGGUAGCUUACAUCCUAAUGAAGAGUGAUGAGGAACCUCCUCAGCAUGUUAUAUGA